GCUGGAAGAGGCGUUGGCUUACACCCGAAGCUGUCCCGUCCCUGAGCCUUCCUGUGCGACCUUCGGACCGUCCGCGACGCCCCGAGCGCCGUCCAAAUCGGGCGCAAAACAAAGAGGACAGACCACUGGCUUUGGCUUUCCCUAAAAGCUUGCUGGACGUAUUGCCCGCUGGUGAGGAACAGCCCAGCACCAGUUCAAUGGACAUCACUGAUCAAGAGCUUAACCUCACUGAAGACGGCAAUGAAGGUGUGCCUGCUGAAGUCACAGCUGUGACGAAAGAAAUAGGGGUCCAAGUUAAUACUUCCACCAGGAUGCGCAGCCAGCCGUUGAGCAUUUCGAAGCUGCAAGAAGAAAAAGAGCUGAACGUGCUCACUGGACUUCCAUGCUUUGAAUUAUUUUACAACAUCUGUGACCUUUACACGGAAUGUCGCACACUAGCACAGAGUAAAAGCUUUUGUAUCUCCAAUGAGGAUGCAGUUUUCAUGACUCUCAUUAAGUUACGCCACAACAUGACCUUUUCUGUUAUUGCUGUGCUGUUUGGAAUUCACCGCACAACAGUAUCAGAUAUUUUUAAGUUCACCGUAACUGCCCUAGCAGGAAUUUUAGCGAAGGCCGUGUACUGGCCAAGCAAGGAAGCUGUUGUCGACAAUUUGACUGUACACUUCAAGAAAUACACAAGCGUAAGGGCAGUGCUAGACUGCACCGAGAUACCGUUGCAGCGGCCAAGAGACCUGGAGUCCCAAUUAUUAACCUACAGCUGGUAUAAGGGCACAUAUACCGGAAAGGUAUUAAUAUGCGAGACACCAGGAGGCCAUAUCAGUUACAUAAGUCAAGUGUAUGGUGGAAGAGCGUCCGACUCUUUCAUCACAAAGGAGAGUAAGAUCAUGGAAAAGUUUCUCCCCUCCAUUGACAGCGUCAUGGUGGACAAGGGCUUUUUAAUUGAUCAGCUUUGCCUGAAUUACCAUGUCGAAAUGGUGAGGCCACCAUUCUUGCGUAAGAGCAAGCAGCUCUCAAAACAUGACGCUGAAAAAAAUCAAAGUAUAGCAGCUGCACGGGUACAUGUUGAACGCGCUAUCCAACGCAUGAAGCAGUACAAGAUUUUGACUAGUAACUUGGGCAUUGAGUUGUUUCCUUACGUUGAUGACAUAGUGCAAGUUAUUGCAGGGAUUGUGAAUCUUUCGAAACCUAUAUUCACGAGUGACAAGUUUUUGGCGCAGUAGAUGUUGCACUGAAAGCUGCUGCUCUACGAGCUUCAUUGUUAGACAUGAUAGUGCAUUAGCUGUUAAAAGCAUUUCGUGAUGUUAUUUUAUUAUCAGUUGUUUUAGCAGUGUUUCAUUUGUCUUGCUUGUUUUCACAAUUAAUUCUUCAUGCUGUGAACUGUUGUGGCUGUUAAGCACAGCUUGUUGUUUUGUUAUGAUGAUUCCCAGUGUGGUAAUACAAGUGCACAAUAAUUGAGGCUCGAUCUUACUUUUCUUCACUGUGUAAUGUGUGGCAGUACGUAUGAUUUAAAAAAGUAGACUGCUCGAUCCACAACUGUGUGGAAAAAGGACUCUUCAAACAUUACAGAAAACAGUAAAAAAUUCGUGCUGUCCUUGAAAACAAAAACAUCAGCACUUGUGAGUUCAGCAAGUGCCAUCUGAACCUGAACUUGACAAAAGUAUUUGCUGGUUUUUUUAAACACAAGGGCUCAUCUUUCGUCAUUUCUUUUGCUUGGAACUUGUCCAAGCUGAGAGGGCACUUUAUCUCCAGUACCCUACUAGUGCAGCAGUCACAAGUGACUAUCCCAUCUGGGCUGGCCCCGAUACAAGGGUGUUCUGCCAAGAUGAGAAGGCCACUCUCCUUUACUUGCAAAUUUUUAUGGCAUGACUGAACUGCUGCAUACGCUUGCUUUGCAGCUUCUUCCAACAGGGCACCCCUUUUCAUGGCAGAUGUUUGCACAUUUUGCUCCCUCAUUACAGUUUUAAGCAGUGAUCGCAUGUCGUGAGGGCCGAUUUUUGUUUUCACGGUGUUCAUUCUAGUGUAUACAUUGUAAGCUAUAGAUGCUGUGAUCAUUGCCUGUCUAUACUUCAUCCAGAGUGGCGAGUCUGCUUGCUGUAGUGUGAGUUUGGUUACAUUUUUGAUUCUGUCACUUUCGAAGGUUGUUUGGAUGUAAGUGUACACGUCCUCUGCUGAUGAGGCUCCUGCUGCAACUGCUGCUUUGGCUGCCUCAAUAAUUG